GCCCUGUUUAACCUGAUCCCGGUCGGGCUCCGCGUCGUCGCCAUCCAGGGCGCCCGCGCCGGGCGUUACGUGGCCAUGAACGGCGCCGGCGUCGUCUACACCUCCGUGCACUUCACGCCCGAGUGCCGCUUCAAGGAGUGCGUGUUCGAGAACUACCACGUGCUCUACGCCUCGGCGCUGUACCGGCAGCGCCGCUCGGGCCGCGCCUGGUACCUGGGGCUGGAGCGGCACGGGCGCCCCAUGGCCGGGCCCCGCGUCAGGAAGGACAAGGCCGCCGCACACUUCCUGCCGCAGCUGCUCGAGGGUGAGCAAACACCAAAAACCGGGGGUUUGGACCCAAAAAAAUGGGGAUUAGAAGUCAAAAAUUGGGGGUUUAGAGCUGAAAAAUUGGGGAUUUGGAGCCAAAAGAAUGGGGAUUUGGAGCCAAAAUCGGGGAUUGAGACACCAAGAUUGGGGAUUUGGAACCCAAAAUUGGAGAUUUGUAACCAAAAAUUGGGGGUUUGAACCCAAAAUUUGGGGACUGGAAGUGAAAAAAAUGGGUUUUUGGAGCCAAAAAAUGGGGGAUUUGGAGCCAAAGAAAUGGGGAUUUGGAGCC